AUGUCGUCAAAGAAAGAUAUGCGCAGAGCUGACCUAGCGAUCCCCUAUGUCGAUCCGCCCAAGAGCAGCAGCGAUGCCGAUAUCUCCAGCACUAUGUCGAGCACUAUGCCCAUGGCGGCCAUGUUUACUCGGAACCGCAUGAUCGGAUGGGUAUCCUUCGUCUUCUCACUUCAGUCCUGGUUGGGUGAAUCCCCAGAGCAGAAGAGAACUGCUUCUACACCGGCCUACAUGUCGGUUCUCAUGUCCUUGAUGGCAUUGGUUGUCACCUAUUUCCCCCUCUUCUUGCCUCCGCAGGCUCCUGGGGGCUCUGCCGCUUCUUCUCUCCCAUUCUUCAACCACAGCAACUACUCUCCCCUCACCACACACGCUCCGAUCUUUUACAGAGAUAUUGAAUCUCGCCCUUCGCUCACUUCAUCAAUACCCAUUUUAAACGCCGUUUACUACGAAAAGGCCGAGUUUAUGUCCAUCGAAAACCUCAAGACCUUCGACCCCUUCGCCGAAGCCGACGAAGAUACCGGCGAGACUAAACAGUCUCAGAACUAUAUCCACAUACGGAUUCAGCAACGCAAUGGUCGCAAGACUCUGACCACUGUUCAGGGUCUUCCCAAGAAGUUCGACCAGAAGAAGAUUCUCAAGGUCAUCAAGAAGAAAUUCGCUUGCAAUGGCACCAUCGUCUCUGACACUGAGAUGGGCGAGGUGAUUCAGCUGCAGGGAGACCAGAGAAAGGAUGUCCAGGAGUUCUUGACUGACAAGGAGGGACUCGAGCUUGAUGCCAAGACCAUCAAGGUCCACGGGUUCUAA